AUGGUACAAAAGUAUCAGUCCCCGGUACGGGUUUACAAGCACCCGUUUGAGCUUGUCAUGGCGGUAAGUAAUUUUUCUAAAUUACUAGUUUCUAUUAAUUCCUUAAAACAGUAAAAUUAACGACAUCCGUUGUUUGUUUUGUUUAAUGUUUUUAUUUAAAAUUCAGGAAAAAUAAGCCGAGCUUCAAAAACGGAAAGAAAACUAUAAGCUAAAUUUCUUAAUUAUUAUUAUUUAUUUUUUUCACUCUGAUUCUCUAACUUUCUUUUAUAAUAUUUAUUAGAAAUGUUCAUGCAAUACAUACUUCGUAAAUAAAUUAAAUGUUUAAUACAAAUUUACUGCUUUACUUUAAUUAAAUUUAGGUGUAAAAAUGAAAAUAGUUUAAUAGGUUUUCACCAUAAGGCUACCAUGUGCCAACAGCUUUGAAUUUUCAGUGGAUAUGCCAGGUUGAGCAUUAUUGUCCUCUUCCCGGCAUGUGCGCGUUAUUUACAAAUCCCAGGGCUUUAGUAUCAUGGCAUCCAUUGAAAUGAGUCUGGGAGGAUGAAUGUAUUGAACUAAUUGAUUCUGGUAUGUGUACAAGACAAAAAUAUAUAAUGGUAAUAGAAGGAGGCAAUAAGGCUCUGCAGAAGAGUUGUAAUCAUCUCAAGUUUUUGCAAAAUAAAAGGAGGCCCUAGGUUGUCCUUUGUGUACGGAGGGAGCACCAAGCUCUGCAGGGGAGGAGUUGUCCGCAUGCAGUUCUGCGGAUUGGUGGAUAUAUGCUCAGGGCUCUGUUGGGGAAGGAGAGGCAGCCCCAGGGCACGCAAAGGAGUUGUGUGUGUGUGUGUGUGUAUAUAAAAUAAAUCCAAGGCUCCUGCACUCCAACUUUAACAAAAUAAAUACCUGGUGCUCUGGUCACAUAAAGUAUAAAUAAUGAAAGAAAUACCGGCACUCCAGGAUUUCAUUAUUUAUAUAUAUAUAUAUAUAUAUAUAUAUAUUCUAAAUACAUUAUUGUGUGUAGAAUAUAUGAUAAAUAUUAGUCAUAUACAUUUAUUAUUUACAUUGUUAUAAAAAAUGUAUGCCUAAGAAACAUGUGAUUUAUUUUUUAUUUAUUUUUUUAUUAAUAUUUCUAUUUGGGAUUAUAACCUCUGCCUUGACAUUUCUCCUCCAUAACUCAAUCACUGAUCAGGAUUCCGAGAAUGAUCCCAGUUCUUCCUGUUCCGGACUUUUUGAAGUCAAGGCUGGUAUACUCACAGGAGAGAACACGAUCCGUUACCUAAUCUACGCCAUCGAGCUGGCAACACAAAUUACACGCGAUUACGCCGGCUCAUCGCCCUGAGCGACACCUGAUCUCCUGACACACGUAAAGGGCUUUGUUCCUUUACUCUAGACAAAGUUCCCUUACGUCAAUCAGGCCGCCUAGUCUCCACCGUUUUCUUGGUGAAAGAGACUUCAAUUUUAACUCUAUAGAGGCUGGAGCAAUGUUUUAUGCAGCGCCCUCAAAGGGUUAUUGACGUUGGGUUUACUACCUGAACCAGGAAUUGCAAAGACUUUUAGGCCAAUGUAGCUCAUCUUUAAAAAUAGCUGAAUUGUAUUUUUUUUCCAAGUUCACAAUCUUUGCCGAAAUCUUGCAAUUCCGAUUUCAGUUUGCUACAGUUCAGUGUUUGAUUUGUUUUAAUUACUUCCUUAUUCUUAACACAAACACACCGAGAAAUUAAUUAUCAAUUAAUUUCUGUCCCUGAUAAUCAUACAUUGUUAUUUACUGAAAUGGAUAUUGUUACGAAUUCAAAAUUAAUUUCAAAGUUAUGUCCAAAGUACCUGAGUUGUAAAAAUGAAGCCAUGUUUGUCGCUUAUUUUGACCUCACAUCUGAAAUUCAGUUUGAAUUUCGACCAAUUUCCCUUUAUUGAAUAACCCAGUGAGUGUCAUAUCGGUUGUCAUUUGUCCCAGUGUGUUAGGCAGCCUUAUUUACCUCGUCACUGUCACACUCAACUUUUUAAAAACGCUCAGAGUUUUGUUUUUAAUUAGCAUUCACUCUGUAAAGUUUGUACAUAAACACUAAAAUCAGCGUCAAUGUGGCUGAUGGUAGACGUAUGUCAAAUUACUCUGGGUAAUGGUGGACAAAAAAAAAGAGGAGAAUCUUUUGAAAUAAACCAUUACUCCUGUUACUUCAAGUAAGAUGCUGCAUAAGGUAAAGUAGUCUCUACUUAAAGGAACACUAUAGAGUUAGAAAUGCAAACACGUAUUGCUAAUUCUAUAUUGUUUUCCUCCCUAUUUAGAUUUUUAGGCCCUCCUAAUUGUAAUAAAAAAUAAAAAGGUUUUUACUUAACAUUUUUCCAUUGCCAAGACUCACCCGGUGUCAUCCUGCAGGCGUUACUUCUUGGCUUCUUGUCCAGUCCAUUCGUCUCAAAGAGAAGCAUUGGAGAUGAGACUGCCUCACUCAUCCAAACAAAAACUUUGAAUCAGAAGCUUUCCUGUGAUAAGUAUUUUAUGGCGUUCAAUAUCCUUAUGCAAUGCAAGAGGCCAUCGAACCUCACAUAAUCGAGUCAAGCUCCUUUAUGAGUCAGAUGCUUCUUGGCCAAUAGGAGUGUGUUUAACACUGCAAUCAAACCUUUCCGCAUCUACUAAGCAACAAUGUUAUAGAUUACAGGGAUACAAUUCCAGGGGCACUGCACCAAGACUGCUUCAUUGAGAUGAAGUGGUCUGCGUGCCUUUUAGUGUCCCUGUAAAAAAAAAAAAAAAAAAAAUUUUAAUAACAGAUCGCUUUAAAGGACAACUGACAUUAAAUUUUCACUUCUCAUUUUUUAAGUUUAUUACAUUUAAUGAAUCUUAAUGAUAUAUUUUUUUUUAGUCAUGUACCGUAUAUACUUGAGUAUAAGACGAGUUCUUCGGCACAUUUUUUGUGCUGAAAAACCCCCACUCAUCUUAUACUCGAGUCAAUGUUUGUAUUAUGGCAACUUACAUUGCCAUAAUACAGACAAGGCCUGCCGGGCUCGUUACAAGCCCGGCAGUCCUGUUGGGGGUUGGCAGAGAGCUGUAACUUACCUUUCCUGCAGCUCCCUUCUCCUCCGGUCUGGUCAGCUCCCCUGUCAGCUCCACUGUAAAUCUCGCGAGAGCCGCGGGGUCAGAGCGUUGCCACGGGUCACACACUUGCAGUGGAGCUGACAGGGGAGCUGACCGGACCGGAGGAGAAGGGAGCUGACAGGAGCUGCAGGAAAGGUAAGUUACAGCUUGCUCCCAGCCCCCCUCCUACACAGCCCAUGGCACUAGACCACCAGGGAAUGAGAGCCCCCCUUCCCUGGCCAUGUAUCAAGCAGGGAGGGGGGACAAAUAAAAAUAAAUACAAAUUUAAAUAAUAAUAAAAUAAAAAUAAAAUAAUAAUAUUAAAAUAAUAAUAAAACUAAAAUAUGAAUAAUAUAACAAAAAAAAUUAUAAUAAUAAAAAUGCCCACCCCCCACCAAGGCUCUGCAUCACACACACUGCAUUCAUACACACACACACACACACACACACACUGUAAAUAAAUAUUCAAUUAAUAUCAUUUUUUUGGGAUAUAAUUUUAUUUCGAAAUUUACCAGUAGCUACUGCAUUUCCCACCCUAGUCUUAUACUCAAGUCAAUAAGUUUUCCCAGUUUUUUGGAGUAAAAUUAGGGGUCUCGACUUAUAUUCGGGUCGACUUAUACUCGGGUAUAUACGGUAUAUUGAUUUUUUUUUAAAAUACAUUUUACUUUUUUAUGUGGCUGAGCAAAAGCACGCAACUUAGGCGGAGUUAAAUUAUAUUAAAUGAAAUAAAGUUUUCAAAAAUGAGAAGUGAAAAUUUGACGACAUUUCUCCUUUAAAUUCAAAGCCACAUUCCCCUGAGAGUACUUGCUCCCUCGGGCUCUGUAAACUAGCCCAAUUAAUCUGUCCGUUCUUGACUUGUGCGUGAGUAUCAGGAGCACAUAGGAGAGCAAUCCUAACUUAUCCAAUGGAGAACCAGCUAUGUUAACACACUAUGAGCACACAAAUAAAAUAAAGAAAAAGUGUGUUUAAAAUUAAAGUGAAUGCAUACUGUCCCGCCCCCCUCACCCUCCAAAAACCUGUAAAGACAGCAGUAAAAUGUAAAUCAUAUUUUGUUUGGGCAUACAAUAUGCAAGCUCACAUUACUUUCUUUCUGAGAAAGGGACCCCCUGGACUGUAAGUGGUGGGAUAGAGAGGGAUACUAUGUUGCAGAGAUGGGAUGGUAUAACAAGAGGUGUAGAGGGGAGGGCACUCACCCUUCGCAGAAGGAAGGCUAGGAACAGGUUGUCACUUUAUCUACUCAUCUGAGAGUAGUGUCCUAAGUGCCCCUUCUUCAAGAUGGCUGCGGUGUCCAAGGAUGCGCUGAUUGGGAUGUUGCAGGCUUACCUGGCAUCCAAUGGAGUGGGUUCCCUGUCGGAGGUGAUGGCCGGUCUUCCACAGGAGCUGACAGGAGUGGAGCAGCGGGCGGCAGAGAGUCCAUCUCUGGCCAGUGGUGAGUUGUCUCCGUUGGGCAUGCAUGUCCCAGUGGAGACACGUGACAAGGUCCUCAGAGGGGAGUUUGUGGACUUUCUUUUGCUAGUCCCCCCUGAGAAGUACUCUGUGGAUAGGCCGCACCGUGGAGAUCCACAGAAAACUGAUUAAAAGUAAACAGCUCCCACUUUCCUUUGGGAAUUGGUUACAAGGGUUUGUGGUUUUUGCGAAAAUAGUGACCUGUCUGUUUCCGUAGCGAGCGCCGUCGUUAUUUUGCUAUUUGGACCUUAUUUAGGGUGCUUAUAAGGUUUAGGGGGGGGGGGGGUUCAGAGCUGGUUUUGCUAUUACCAGCAGUUCAGACAGAAGAUUGCAGCAUGUCCGGGAUUGGACUUUGGCACUCAGGACAGCAGCUUAUUGCUGUUGCUCAUGACUCCCAGUCGUCCCUCUUCCGCCACUGCAGGUGGUUCUCCUCUUGCAGGUUUACACAUGAGUGCUCGCAUUGUGCUGGCCUCAUCCCACAAGUCGAUGCUUUAAGAAGGCAAAACAAACAUUGCCUAAGUCUGGGGCUUGGGAGGACGGGUCUAAAGGAGAGGACACCAGUGAGCGUGGCAAGGAUGUUGCCGUCUCGAGCGCUACCCUAACCGCCGCGACGCUGCAGUGUUGGGGGAAGGGUUUUUAGAUAGUUUUUGAACCCCUUUGUUUUUUUGCCGGAGCCACGUUUUGCUGAUAAUCUGCAGUCAGUUUGGGGUAAGGAGGAUAUGCUGGGUGACAAGUUGUCCAAGGAGACAUCGCUGGGGCGCAUGGCUGGGCCUUUUGAUUUUCUCCCCUUUCCUAACCUGCGGGUAUCGCCCUUGGGGUUGGUGCCGAAAAAGGAGUCUGGGUCCUUUUCGUAUGAUUUAUCACCUGUCCUACCUUGCUGGGAGUUCGGUGAAUCAUGACAUUGACAAGGAGUUCAGUAGGGUUUGGUACGCCUCCUUCGAUCGGGCUUUGUCAAUGGUUAAGAGAGCGGGAGUGGGGGCACUCCUGGCAAAAUCUGACAUUGAAUUGUCAUUCGGUUGUUACCGGUUUACCCGGAAGGACUUUUCUUAGGGAUAGAAAUUGACAUGGUGGACAUGUGUUUUUUUUUGUUUGUUUUUUUUUUUUGUCUGCCAGAUGAAAAGCUCAUUGUGCUGCUGAGGCAGGUUGAUCUGGUGAAGUCGGUGCGGCAGGUUCAGCUGCGGACGAUGCAGUUAUUGCUGGGUCAUCUAGCUUUUGCUUGCAGGGUUCUGCCUAUGGGUAGGGCUUUUUGUCGUCGCUUGUCAUCGGCGACGGUCGGGAUCAGGGAAGCACACCAUUUUAUUCAAGUGACGGCUAAGCUGCGGGCUGACCUGCAAGUAUGGAUUGCCUUCCUAGGUAAGUACAAUGGGCGGUCAUGCUGAUUGCAUGAAGCGGUGUCUAAUUCUCAGUUGGACCUCUUCACGGAUGCAUCAGAGCUGGUUGAGUUUGGGGCCUUCUUUCAGGGUUAGUGGUGUGCAGCAGCGUGGCCUCUGGCAGUUAGACGUUAUGUGUAACCUAACAUUUUUGGAACUUUUUCCCAUAGUGGUGGUUCUGGCGGCAUGGGGAGAGUAUCUUCGGGAUCAUGUGGUGGUUUUUCACAUGGACAAUUUAAGUGUUGUCCAUGUGAUUAACCGUUCAUCGUCUUUGUCUCCUCCAGUUCUGUCUCUCUUGCGACAUCUAGUGCUGCUAAGCUUAAGGUUCAAUGUGUGGAUGCAGGCACAGCAUGUCCUGGGGGAGUUAAACGUAGUGGCUGACUCUCUUUCUCGGUUUCAGUGGGACCGGUUUCGGGAGUCGGCUCUGCAAGUGGAUUGCGAGGGUCUUCUCUUCCCUUCCUACUUAUGGGACCUGGUUUCAGAGGCUUGGUGUCCAGGUCGGUAUGGUUAGGUGGGUUGUCUCUCAUGAAUGGGUCGGUUCGGCUGUCAUCUGAGACUGCCCGGUUUGAGGUUACGUUGCAGUAUUUGAAUAGGUUACUCGAGCAGGGUCACUCUUGCUCAGCGGCAGAAAAAUCAUUGUCUGCUCUAUCAUCCCUGUUUAGUUUUUUGGGAUGAAGAGACAUUGCCAAAGAGUUUUUGCUUUCAAUGCAUUCUGCGGGGCUGGAGGAGUCGGAGGCAUCCAUAUCCGUGAAUUUGCUGUGGCAGUUAAUGGCGGCAUUGCCUAGUGUUUGCGGCUCGGAUAACGAGAGUCUUGUAUACCAGGUGGCAUUUGUUGUUUGUUUUUUUGGAGCCUUACGAAUGGGGGAGCUAGUAGCCCUCAAUCACUGUUCGGUUGGCCCAUUGUUAUCGGAUGUGCGUGGUCUGAUAGUUUUGGGGACUUACAUAUUCGUAGGUCUAAGACUGAUCAGUCCGGGAGAGGUCUCUAGCUCUGGGUGGGUAAUACUGGGGGUGAAUUUUGCCCGGUUCGGCUGUUUUUAAUGUUUUCUGGUGUUUCGGCCGUUGUCGGUCUCGCCAUUGGUACACGCAGGUGGGUCCCCGCUUACGUGGUUUCAGUUCAGGUUGGUGCUCAGGAAAGUGUUGGUGGCUUGUGGGCAAGAUCCUACUGGUUUCUCUCCUCAUUCUUUUCGUAUCGGGGCUGCGACGCAAGCUAGCGUCUUGGGUUUUAGCCGUGCAGCGUUUAAGUAGAUGGUCAUCCAGGAAAUAUCAGCUGUACAGCCUCAUUUGUUGUGAUUUGUUUCAGGGUGUUCUCCCCGCUAUGUAUGGAUAUUGGGACAUUCGUUUAUCUAUUGGGCAGCUCGACGGGCAGAGUCACGUUCCUAUGGAUGUAACCUGGGGAUUCCAGCAGAGUUGGCGAGGGUUCACUGGAGGGGUAUUCGGGGGUUGUCAUGGAAGCAGGUUUACCCGGAGUGCGUUGCCCUUAGCAGGUUCGUGUCAGGGUCUGGACCAUUUUGAUCCAUACAGGAGGUAAUGUUCUAGGCAGGGUUAGGACAGUGGAUUUAGUGCACUCUGGAAAGUGUGACUUGGCACGGUGCUUGGCAUUGUUUUCGGAGUGUACUUUAAUAUGGUCGAAGAUUGUUCCCCGUCCAUGUUGGCAAGCCUUGCCACAUGCCAGGAGUUUGGAACGGGGCAGACUCAAAUUCAGUGUCACUAUUUCCAGGUGUGGGUGUCGACUCAAAACACCUAAAGCUUACAAUGUGAUCUAAUUUUUUUUAAUUUUUUUACAAAAAGUGCAGAUUUCAAUAGCACUCUGCCUUGGUGGUGUUUCGAUCCGACACAUGGAGCUGGAGGGGGAGAAUCGCAGCUUAAUGAGGGCGGAUGGAGUGCACCUUAAUCAGACUGGCUUGGAUAUUUUUAAUUUGGGUCUACAAGCAGGAAUAGAACAGGCGCGGUCUGUGGGGGGUGCGGGGCCGGCAGAGGGGAAUUAGGGCCGGCAUUGCGGUGGAGGAGUUCCUGGCCAGCGCAAGUAAUUCACGAGACAAGGCUUGGGGGAGUCACAGCCUGCUAGGGCUGAUGGCGGAAGGCAGGCUGUACAAACCCUGGAAAUACACUGUUUUAUAUGUCUGUUGGGUAGCCCCCACACCAGCCGACAGGUGGUGAUAAUGCUGGCAAUGUUUAAAGUUAAAUAAAGCUGUGGCCUUUGCCCUUAUCCAACACUCAGGCGUCAUGUCAUUAUUGGGGGUAAUGGGAAUGUAAUUUGGUCAGCAGUCAGGUACUAGAACAGGUGUGCCCAAAAAGGUAGAUCCCCAGAUGUUUUAAAACUGCAAAUUCCACGAUGCUCUGCCAUUCUAAAUGCAUUCCAAAGAAAUGCAAAGCAUCAUGGGAGUUGUAGUUCUACAUCUGGGGAUCUCCCUUUUCGGCAGCCCUGUCUUAGACGGUAGAAGGCUGUUUACAGAAGCAGAUCUGAAGAGUUUUGCUAUUUUGGCGUAAUAUGUGCAAUUCCAUUGCCCGUCCCUGGGAUAUUGAAUAAACCCCCAAUAUAAUGUGAUCCUAAGAAUCACAACACACUUUUAUUUUUUUGUGUGCUCCUUUUGGCAGGGUCCCCUUCGCCUAAUGUUAGAAUGAAUGGUUUGUCUAGUUUUAUUCAUUGUACUGCGCUGCAGAAUAUGUUGGCUCUAUAUAAAGAAUUCUAAUAAAUAAAAAGUUCCAUUGCCUUCCGUUAAUGUCAGAUUUCACCAAUUUGGACAGCGAGGAUCUGUCUGUUCCUGUGAUCUGGAAGGAGGUGGUAGGAGUGCAGUCAGCGUUACAUAACAAUAGAUGGAGAGGAGCCUGGGUCUCUCAGCAACAGAUUAGCAGGCACGAGGAUGGAGGCCAGCAGAUGCUCCCAGAGAGAGCACUCUGUGUAGCCUGGGGCAGAUCUUGUUUUCAGCAGCACCUGGGCUUGUUGCUUUGCCGCAGCUCUCACAGGAGCGAGGGAGCAAGGUGUCAUACGAGCAUUGUUCAUGGGAAUCAGAUUUUCAGUGAUGGGGCUUAUUCACUAAACACUGAAUUGGAAACAUUUUUAAACUCACCUAUGGUCACAGUUUGUCUGUUUUAGUCUACAGUUUGCAAUUUAGUUUUCAAUUCACUACAAUCUGGUAUUCUUUUGAAAGUACAGGAUAACCUAAAAACACUUAUUAAACCAUUAUAGUACAUACACUUCCUCCAAUCUAUACAGAAUGUGUCUAUUGUCCAGAAUAUCACACAGUGAUGCUGUUUAUUCACAAAAAAUUGACAAGAAGUUUUCAAUAUCAGCUAUAUGUGCCAAAAUGUGGCAAUCCUCUUGUUAGUCCCUUUUGGUCCCUGUCUGCUGUCCACGAAUUCUCUUUUGGUGACGAAAAACCAUGUCGGUAUAUGGACAAUUGCUUAUACCACUAGGCCUUUAGGCUGGCUGAGCACCAUGGGAAUAUAGUUCAUACACAUCUAGGACGCCAAGCUCAGCCACCACUGGGCUAAGAAGGCAAUCUACCUUUUGUAAUCCACUAAUUUUCCUUUGAUUACAUCCACAAGUGCACUGUUUACUUCUAAUAUACCUAAGAGAUCACUCUCAUUAGGAUAAAAAUGUCCUGGAGCUCUGCAUUCUCCCUUUGAUAAUACAGAGCGUUGGAUAUCAUUAAAGGGACAUUCUGCGCACCAUAACAACUAUAGCUUAUUGUACAGAAUUUUAUAUUAAAGCUAAUUGGGUUGAUUAUGGUGGCCUUCAAGUUUGUUUGUUUUUUGUCAACACACAUUUUCAAACAGUUUGAAAAAUAAAUAAAUAGAAACCAAGGGGAAUGCCACUACCCUAAGCCCUCCUACUUAGUCUCUGAUGUCAUAAUAAAGAAUUUCUCUUCCUCAUUACCUAUACACAUAUUUGGAUAGUGUGAGCAUGCAUUGUGUACUGACACUGUGCUAUUAUGAACUGAAAGUGGCUGUAGCAGAUUAUUCCUAAUCUCUUCAAUAUUGGUUGCCAAUUCAGUAUUAAAUGAACAUUCAAAACACUGAAAGCACUUUAGCUUGCAAUGUGAUUUUUGUUUUUGUUUUUUACAAAAAGUGCAGAUUUCAAUAGAACUCUGCCUUUUUAUGAAUUAAUCUUGUGACACACCCCAGGCUGUCAAUCAGAUAACCGGUCCUGUAACUUCCUGGUUUGGUUAGCUCAGUGGAGAUAAACUCAAAAGGCAGCAAUUGCCCAGAGCACCUGUCUUGCAAAUACUUCUCAUUGAGCUGCAUUGGGAAGUCUGUGAUUGGACAGUCACAGAAAGUCUGGGCGGGGUUAGAAGGGGAGGGAUUGCUAAGGUUGCAGACAAGAGAAUUGCAGCUAUGCAAGCUGCUUUUAGAUAUAUCCCUAAUGAAAAAAUGAAAAAUUAAAUACACGUGUUUUCAUUGGGUGUAUAUCUACUAAAUAGUGAUUUGUAUUUUUGCAUUUUGGCUGUGGAGUGUCCAUUUAAUUAUUCAGCUCUCAGCCUAGCAUUAAGUGGUGCUCAGAGCAAGCCUUUAUUUUUUUUUCUCAGCAAAAUCCAAGCUGAGCCAAGUGACCAUUAAAGGAUCUCUGUUAACAAAGCAGAUUAACAAUUAAAAAUGUUUUACGCCCCUCCCGUGCAUUUACCUAUGUACAGCAUGCAUCCCUACCAUCUUUCAGCAUGGAACACCACGCACAUUACCUACGCCCUCCUAGGAAUUUACUCGCACAAUCUUUGAUUAGACAUGAGGGGGAUAAUCCUGACUCUAAUAAAAAAUGGGUGGAAAUAGUAACUGUGCUGUUAUAUAUGUUACAUAAUGUUACAUAAUGGCUAUUUUACUUGUACUUCAUACAUGUUCUUCCUUUAUGCACAUGAUGUAAACUGAUUUUUCUUCUUGCAUACCCACAAAAAAAAAAUAAAAAAAAAAAAUGUUUUACACCAAGUGCUCUUGAAGUGCCUAUUUGUUCUUUGAUUGCUUUAGAGUGUCUGUAUUAUAUAGCACAGUUAUUGGGCCACAGACCAUGAUUUGAAUUCUGCUUUCUGACAAAUGCUGCCAUGGUCGUAGAAUUGGCCGGACUGUCCUCCAAUAAUAUACUUUACAAGCUCGUAGUAAGAUUUUUCCUGAGAACCCACACUGAUCGUGGGAUCUGUCCAAAGCUUAUUCCCCAUGAUCAGGGGUAGAAUGUGCACUGUCACCCAGGCCACCAGCAUCCUGACCAGUGAGGGCCCAGAUUGGCUUGGAUAAUACACCAGACUCAGUACACACGGAAAGCCUCUGUUGCAUAUAAAGCCCUGAGGUCCCGGCUGUCAGUUGCGUGUGAACUUUUUUUCCUGGUUUAUGAAAAGCAGUGUAAAUAAUUUACAUACAUUUCAGCAAGUUCACAGGAAAAAAAAUAUAUUUGUUUCCUGUUAUAUCACCUAUUGCAGCCCUCUCUCUGCCUAUCCCACCCGUCUCUGCCACGCUACCCUCUUUUUCAGAUCUAUUGCCCCUUCUGCAGCCUCUUUGCCCAUUUUGUGCCAUCUCUGUACAUGCUACCCAUUUACCACAUUUUACCCUCUUUUCCCAUUUUAUGGGUUUUUGUUUACUCCUCUGAGCCCAUUCCAUUCCCACUUUGCCUUUUCUGUGCCCACUACAGUGCUUCUUUGCCUAUUCUACCAAACAGACCAUUCUACCACUCAUUUGAUCACAUCUUUGUACAUUGACUGACUUUGCUUGUUCUGCCCCCUCUUGGCUCAUGUUUUCCUUCACUUCUGUUUGUUGAAAACAUAUAACGAUCAACCCAGUACCCAAACCAGAAAAUCCAAAUGCAAAUUGUUAUCUUGCAUGAUUCGGCUCGGAAAUGGCUUUCAUGCAAAUAUCAUGCUACGCUGCAGGCAGAUUUAGACUGCGGUUGACUAUAGAUGUCUGGAUGUGUUUUUUUGCAACCUCAUAGACAAUUCCUAUAUCACAUGCACAUAAGACUUAACCUUUAAGGAGAAAGUGGGACUCGUUGAUAAGGAUGCAGAGAGAGGGGGUGAUUGGCAAUAGAAGGGGGUCUAUAGGAGAACCCCCUGGUUUGUGUUUUCUUGAGACUUACAGGACCUGUGCUAGUUUCUUUGUUCCAUACUUUUUAUAAAUCACAUGUGAGAAGCACAGUGCUAUUGUCAGUGACUUCUCUACAGUUUGUAUUGGGGCCAUUUGGUCCCACCGACACUAUAGUUUAGUUUAUUUCUUUCAUUUGGAUGUGACCCUGUAAGUACAUCUGAUCUCCUGGUUUAAUGAGGUUUGCAUAGAUGGCUAAUUAUAAAGCUAUGUCUGACUUUAGACACAUUUUUUUAAAAUGCCAGAAGAACAGUUACCUCUCCCCAUCCAACCAAUAAUAUUUCUUCUACUUUCCACUUACGCCAUCAACUCUCAUUAUUACAGAUAAAGUGAAGUUAUAUUUUCAUUUCAUAUACUGUACAUUGUGUUAUUUUUUUUUUCUAUAUGAAUUUAUGCAUGCAAGGUGUUAUUAAACUGUAGAAUUUGUGUUAAAAUGCUGUAAUUUGGGGGGGUCUAGGACGGAUUAAUCAAAUUUACAUAAAUUGUUAUGGGAAAUGUUAAUUCUGCUUUCAAACAAAUCGGAACUCGAACAGCCUUCUGGAACUCAAAUAGCCCACUGCAGUUUCUUCUAGGUCUUAAUCACCAUCUAAGGGCCCUAGAAAUGUUAGGUAGGGAUUUCACUCAUAGUUAGAGAAGGUAAAGACUAACAUAAGAGAUAUUCUGGGUGUUCAUAGUGCACAACCUCAUGAUAGACUCUUUUGUUGUUGUUGUCCCUUUAUUUAGGUCCCUUACCUUUUGCAUCUGUAUUUGUUGCCCAUUAUCUGGUAGAAGAUAGAGCGAGAAAAUGCAUAGUAACUUUUUAUUUAUUUAUAAAAUAUUUUACCAGGAAAGAUACAUUGAGAUUUCUCUCGUUUUCACGUAUGUCCUGGGUCCACAACACAUUGCAUUGUUACAUUAGGGUGCAAUAAAAUAUAAAAACAAUAUUAAUACACCAUAUAUACAAAAUUUAACAUAGAACAGGCAGGAAAUAUAUAAUCAACCAUGACACGUGCAUUCUGUUUUGAGGUAUGUAGAGAGGGAUCUCUUAAAGGACUUAUAUACUCCUAAUUAUCAUGAAACUAUCUGUUUUUUUUUUUUUUUUUUACUUUUUACAUUAUUUUAACUUUGUAUUUAUUUCGAAUUAAACUAUAUAUGGUGGUUUUAAAAGAUGCAAAUGAGUUGCAAAAUCAUUUUUCAAGCAAAGUUAUCUUUUCUAGCCGCAAGGUAGAAAACAGGAGCCAGCAAUUAAUCAUAUCGCUGUUUUAUUGAAGUUCGCUUCAAGCAUUGCAGUGCCCUGAAUUCACAAACCUCCUUUCGUAUCACUAUUUGUUCAGUAAUCAGCAGCGCUAAGAUAUGUUGUAUUAUCUGAAAUAAAUAUGCCAUUUAUUUAAUUCUCCAAAUAGUUUAAAUAAAUGAAGAUAAACCCAUAUAUUAAGCUUAAGGCUAUGAUAGAGUGAUAAUAAGUUCCCUGUAGUUCAGCUACUUCGAACAUAACUGCCUCGGUCUGCUCUCUGCCGCUGGGGCUGUUGCAAGCAGAAUAUCGCCUUGUAUUUACCAUGAACACAUUCCAAUCUCAGAACAAACCCCCCUCUUUAAAUGUUCCAUAUCUCAAGGUCACAUUUAUGGAAUGAUUCUUCAGAUAAGGCGCAAACACAGGGAUGGUAACCGGAGAAUGCCAUGGAACUUAAAGUACUCAUAGUGGUUUAUCCGCUAAACUCCCAGUUGUGGCAAACUGUAGUCCAAAUGGCAGAAUGCAGGCAAAAAUUAAAAGAUUCUCAAACUACACUACAGCCAUUUGGCUAUUUUAACAUAAAUUUAGCAUUUCAGUUUUCGAUUUGCUAAAAUUUUGAAUGUAAUGAGUUUACACCUUAUGGGUUAAAUACAAAUAAAAAUAUAAUUUUGGGUAAUUUACAAUGGAAUGGCACAUUUAGGCUAAACUAGUCAAAUCAGAACUAUUUUGUGACCCCUCUCUAUUUCCAGCUGUGUACUGGAUAGUGUUUAUUCCCAUUUUAAGAAUUUUCUGAGUAUAUUUUCCACUUCGGUUUGAAAUUUGUAAUUCCCUUAUCAAUGCACCACAAUUCCCUGUUUAGUGAAAUAUACUGUCACAACUGGAGUCUUUUUAGAAAUGAUUCUGUCCUGCUAUAAAACUUGCAAUUGGGUAAAUGUCAGCGCACCUCGUCCGUAGAAACCAGGAAUUCAAUUUCUCCAAAUCUGUUCUUUUUCCCCAAACUCUGUUAUUUGGGACUAAAUAUGCAAUUCCCUUGUUAGUUUUCACAAUGGCCCAUUUAUUGACUGAUCCUCUGAGCACCAUAACCACUGCAGCGCGAUUAGCUGGCGCUCUCCACCAGUGAGCUAGGCUUAGCUCAGGAGAGGUAAUGGAAGCUCCUAAACAGGACUUGUGACUCUCUGUUGGAUGUAGUUAAGGCUUGUAGCGGCACCUGGCAGAGCCCAGGUUAAAAAAACGUUUGAUUUCAUACAAUAUUGGGGCCCCAGGACAUAAGAAGUGUACUGUAGUAAUUAUGGUGUCCAUAGUGUUCCUUUAAGGGAUUAACAAAUGGGACUUUUGAUACGUUGCAUUAAAAAAAUCCUUAUAUUCUUAAACGGUUGACGAUAUCACAGGUUGUACUAUAUAGAGCUGUUCAGGAUUAGUCAGAUGUAGGUCACAUCAUAUACCUGGGAUGCAAAUCUAAGGUAAGUAGCUAAUCCACUGGAGUACGUCUGCUAAUCGAGCUCAUUAGAAUGUGGGUAUCCUGCAGGUAAUUCCUUGUCUUAUUGACAACAGGGCGACAAGCAGCACAGACGCCAGAUCAGCUAUUAACCCCUAAAGAACCAACGAUAUUUCAGGACUUUCGCUGUAAUGAGGGAUUUGCCCAUCGCUGGUACGGAAGUGAUUAAAUGGAGAUAAUUAUCAAUAUGUAAAUAUUUACAGUUGUUUUAAUACCUGCCAUAAAUUAUGCAGUCUACACUGUUUCUUGGACAUAUCAACGUUUAUACAAUUCUGCAUUUAAGGCCCAGGUCCAAGCAGAAAGACCUACUGACCUACCUGCCUGCACAGAGAGGGUCCUCUCACAGACAGGAGACCUAAUGGGCAGAACUGAAGAUGUAUCCCCAAAGCCUUCUGAGCUAUAAGCGCUGACUGGGCAUUACUCUGAUGUCACGCAGCUACUCUCUUGCACUGUCAGUAUCUGAGUAACUAAUCAAGAUGGAAGUCAUACAUACCACCCACUAGUGAAAAUGUAACUUAUUGUAAGUGUAACAUGACUUACUCACACAGUUUAAGGACACAUUACUAUGAAUUUUAUAAGCUUUUAUACCAUAAAACACACCACAAAUAUGGAGCCUUUUCUAUUAGGAUGGAAAAGAGGGCCUUGGCCCAACAUAAGGACUGUCUGUCCUACAGGUGGAAAGUUGGCAGGUAUGUACACUAUGUAAGUUUCUAUACCUUGUCUUUUGUCCCAUUGUGAGUGAGGUUUACUGAGCUCUCAUGAUCUGCCACGGACCCCUAGAGUUAAUUCUAGUUGGCACCAGAAAUAGCAAACAGGAAGAGGACUGGGAGACACUGAUAACCCAACGCUGCCUUCAAACCACGACAGCAAUGCAGAGACCUCCUACCCCCUUCACAUAACCUCGCCACGCUCUCUUCACAAGCUGUAUUUUUAGAGCAGCGCAAAAGAAGAUUACACAGAGCGGCUUAGCUGGGACAUGUGGGACAGAAAUUCUGAAUGGAGAUGACACCUUCUGUGACAGAUAAGAGCGGCAAGGAGAUUUCCAUAUGUGAACACAGAAUUCGUCCUCCGGUAUAACGUGGGAUGCCUUUUCCAUGAGUGUUGCAUGCCUGUGACGUUUGUUUGUGCAAAACAAAAACGCACAGCUCUGAUUUCAGGGUUAAGCAGUAUUAGAACCACCAGCACUUCACCGAACACACACUUGUGGCAUGCCUUAUAAAAAGUGCGAUAACAGAAAACUGACGUAAAAUUCUAAUCUUGGAGCAGUCACCAUGGAAACUGACAGAGUGAUAAAAAAAAAUGAAUUGGAGAAUUUUUCAAGCUGCACUGUUUUGGUUUAAAUUGUACAAUUUUUGUUUUCUCUUAACCUGUUUGCAGUUUAGUCUAAACAGAAUGAUUCCAGGUGGAUUUAGAAAUAGAAUAGGUAAUUAUUUCACUAAAUGUUACUUUAAUCCAUUAUGCAAUUUUUACAUACUGCUCAAUACAUCUCACUAACAGGGUUUAUUUACUAAUCCUUGAAUUAGAGACAACUAUAUAUUUUACACUACAUCAUGGGUCGUCAACCUGUUCCCUACCGCCCAUUAGUGGGCGUUUCAGGAUUCCAGGUGGGCGGUAGGGAUUUCCUCGUUUUUAGAGACUGAGUGGGUGCGAGCCGGCGGUACCCCUGCGACCGGGUGCCGCCGUCACCAUUUGCGGCCCCGGCCCACGCAGCAAACGGCCGGGGCCGCCGUCCAAGGGGUCCAUUGGGUGGCCCAUGCUGUCAGGGCCACCCGAUGGAUGUGGAUUGUGAGGGGGCCCGGUCAGCGCUGGGCGCUUUAACAGCGCAACCGGGCCCCCUGUGAUUACAUCACAGAGCUAGGAGGAAGUGACUGCACGUCACUCCUCCCAGCUAACACACAGACCGCGCGGGAGGAAGCAGAGGGAGUCAGAGUGGGAACUCUGACUCCCAUCUACCUGAGCCACCACUGGACCCCAGGGAAUGUCACCCUCCUGCACCUAAAAAGUAGGAAACAGGAGGAUGACUAAAAUAUUUUGUGUGUGUUUGUUUGUGUGUAUGUGUCUUUGUAUGUAUGUCUUGUCUUGUGUGUGUCUGUAUAUAUGUGUGUAUGUAUGUGUGUAUGUCUUUGUAUUAUGUAUGUGUCUUUGUAUGUGUGUCUUGUGUCUAUAUGUGUGUAUGUGUCUGUGUGUGUCUUUGUGUAUGUGUGUGUGUGUGCGCAUGUCUGUGUGUGUGUGUCUGUAUGUGUGCCUGUCUGUUUGUAUGUAUGUGUCGUGUGUGUGUGUGUGUGUGUCUGUAUGUAUGUGUGCCUGUCUGUUUGUACGUAUGUGUCUUGUGUGUGUCUGUAUGUGUGCCUGUCUGUGUGUCUGUAUGUGUCUUUGUAUGUGUGUCUUGUGUGUGUCUGUAUGUGUGCCUGUCUGUGUGUCUGUAUGUAUGUAUGUGUGCCUGUCUGUGUGUCUUUAUGUGUCUUUGUAUGUGUGUCUGUAUGUGUGUGUGCCUGUCUGUUUGUAUGUAUGUGUCUUUGUAUGUGUGUCGUGUGUGUGUCUGUAUGUGUUUGUGUGUGUGUCUGUAUGUAUGUAUGUGUGCCUGUCUGGUAUAGUGGGCUAUAGUAAGUGGGCUACCUAGCUCAGUCUUACUACUGGGCAUUGCUAUUAGGAAGGUUAAAAAAUAGAAAAAAGGGAAAAAAAGGUGGGGAGGGGAAUUGAGAAGGGAGAGGAGAUGAGCUGACGCACAGAUGAGAAAUCAUAUUAUGAGUAAACAGAAAAGUCAUCUGAAUAUCACCGAAAGAGACCUUCGUUUGUUCCUUACGAAAAUUGAACCAGAUAUCAAAUAUUUAGUCUUGCAGCAUCAACCUUAAGGGUCUCAUUAAUCACUAGUAAAGGUAAUUUCAAUUUACUUUGUUUUCUCAUUAAACUUUAUAAAGUUAAAAACAUUAUAAACAUGCAUUAGGUAGAAAUAAAAAGAUAAAUGUACGUACAUUUAUUUAUUUUUUUGAAAACACCCUCCUUUCUAAAAAAUAUUCCACACUUGCGCGAAAACUGGUGGGCGGUAAGGAAAUUUUUCCAUCAAGAAAGAUGCGUUAGUGGGCGGUAGGUAGAAAAAGGUUGACUACCACUGCACUACAUAGUUGAUCUGGAAUAAUUUUCCAAUUCUGUUUUAUUAUUUUUCCAUUUUUUUCUGCUUUGAAGUGAAUUGCCAGUAUAUUAUCUAAACACAUAAAUAAUCAGUAGAUUGUAAUUGGGGGCACUGCACAUUCUAUUUUUUUUCUUGCAGUUUCUACAACGUCCCAUGUAACACUGUCCCAGGAAGGUCUAACGUACCUUCAGGCUUCCUUAAAAGCGUGUCCCACAAAACCAGUCCAAGGUGGCUUAAAUUGCUGCCAGGAGUCAUGUGCUAUAGUCUCCAACUGCUAUUACAUUUCUCAAUGCCUUUCUAACUAUGGUGGAAACUCAUUGUUAAGAAUAUUUAAUAUAUUAGCUUAACGACAUGGCUAGAGGGAGUCACAGUGUUAAUUGCAGCCUUAAGUGUAUUGUUUGCAAUUCUAAGUUCUUUUUGCAACCUGGUCUGUUGUAGAAUCUUUACAGAUUUAUUUUAAAAUGUUUAUUUAAAAAAUAGAAACUAAUAAAUGAUAAAUGCUACUUACAUUUUUAUUUACAAAAAAUGCUCACUAACCAUUUAUUAGCAAAGUUAUAAGGACACUAUCGGCACCAAAACAACUUUAGCUUAAUUUAGCAGUUUUAGUGUAUAGAUCAUGCCUCUGCAGUCUCACUGCUCAAUUAUUUGUUAUUUUGGAGUUAAAUCACUUUGAUUAUACAGCCCUAGUCACACCUCCCUGCAUGUGACUUGCACCGCCUUCCUAAACACUUCCUGUAAAGAGAGAUCUAAUGUUUAAAUGAACACUAUAGUGUCAGGAAUACAAAUAUGUAUUCCUGACACCAUAGUGUUAAACUAUUUAGGUCCCUGGUCACCCUUAGAUCACUCUAAAGAGGUGAGUUUACUCAUCUUUUCUCAACCGCUGCACCAGUCUCGCUGCGUCUGGCCCUGCCUGGCUCUGCCUCUGUGGCUAAGAUCAAAUUUUACAUUUUCUAGUCUGUAUUCAUUUAUAUAUUUUUACUUAAUCUCUGAAACAUUUAAAAAGUGUGGAUCAUCUUCUGUCUGUAGAGUACCUUUAAAUUCAUUUUUUUUUUAAAUUAAAUUGUACAAAUCAUAGAAUCACAUGGUAUAAAUGAGCCAAGAAUUUUAAAGAAAUUCUGCAUAACUGAUAUGCUUUAUUUCAUACAGGCGUACGAGAGGCGCUUUCCCACAUGUCCUCUCAUCCCGGUCUUUUUGGGAAGUGACAUCGUUCAAGAACAUAAGAGUGAAGAUGGAUCUGUCCACGUGGUGGAGAGAAUCUGUAAGCUGAACGUCGAUGCCCCACGUCUUCUUAAAAGGGUAAAAUUAGGAGGGUACCACCCAUUCUUUCACCACCUACGAUGCCUGCUUGCCGUGUAUCUCACUGUCUGUUUAAAAUGUAUUUUUCCAUCCUUUUCUAUAUUACCUUCUUUUUAUCUCACUGUCUCCCUUUCAUACAUGGCACUCUACGUUAUUGUUUAGCUUUCAUUUGGAAAUAGGGAAACCGUAAGUUUACUUUUUCACUAUACAUUUAUUGCAGUUUUAUGGGCAGAAUAAGUAAAUAUACUAGGGAAUAGGAAGAAGGUAACGCAAUAAGAGAAUUAAUAGAAAAGGGUUUCUGGGUAAGAGGGGAAAACUAAUUCGCUGAUGCCAGAUCAGGUUAUAUGUUUGUAUCGUACCUUCGGAGGCAUGCGUACUUUUUUCCAUAGUUCAUACUUCUGGGUUAUCCAAUCCUGAAAAGUGUGAGGAGAUGAUUGGUACCAGUGCAAAGUUAUCAGGGCCUUAGCAACAUUCACCAGAAGUAGCGUGACAUGGAAAUCAAGUAAUGGGUAUAUUGGAGAAAGAAUGUGUGUGAAGAGACAGGUGGCGAAUGUUUGUGAUGAGCAAUAAAGAGGAGUAACCUUGCCUUGAGUAAGAUCCGCUCCUUGGUUUCCGGACUUCUCCAACAGAUACUAUCUCAAUGGGCAAGUAGGUUACAUGCAGCCUAGCAUUUAAUAGAGAUGGAGUACUUCAGUGUUAAAAUCAAGAUCAGUCAAGAUCUUUUCCAGUAUUCACCCAUAAAUAGAUUCCUAUUUGGAUUAAAUCUUAGAAUUAAGGUAUGUGUAGCGUGACAGUAUGGCAGGAUACAAUAUAGAGAUUGCAUUAUGGGGAGUAGAAUGUUACCUUCAUGGACGACAUAGUGUAGCUCUCAAGUUGAAAUAGAGAGUUUGCAAAUUAUUUUGAGAUUUUUCAAGUGUAUUUAAUUUGUGGAUCAGGAGGUAUGUCUCCUUCUCACUGAACACUGGACUACCUGAUCCUUCCCUCUACAGUAAAACCAUUAGAGCAGGAGAUGAAUAAUUGCUGGAAAAAUUAAUACCUGGAUCACAUUUGCUUCACAGAUUGCUGGGGUGGAGUUUGUCUUUUUUAUUCAGAAAAACACCUUAAACUGGAAGGACCGAACGCUGCUAAUUGAAGCUCGAAAUGAGACUUUUUCCACCCGUGUCUUGGUCAACGAGACGUGCAGUUAUUCAGUAAGCUCUGACUGGUGGAUAAAGAGGGUUGUUAAAGGGCUACUGUCACUUCUACUGUGUUUUAGGGUGUAUAUAUAAACAGGGAAAUUACAGGUCUAAAGCUCUAAAAAAUAUUACAGUCUUCAUAGCAACCAAGGGAUUGUUUCCCAUCUAGAACUUCGCCCCACAAUUGGCCUUCAGUCAUAUCUCCUCAUUUGUUGAAGGACUCUGCCUCCACUAUCCAUUACAUCAGCCAGAUUGGUGGAAGCUUUUAGUCUGAGAUAAGCCUGAACUGCAGGUCUUAUUUGCUGAGUGGGUUCAGCAGUUGCUCUCAACCAAUGAGUUCACCCACACUCCAAGGCUUAGCUCAGAAGAGCAGAGGCACCUUAGCUUUGGUUCUCUGUCUGGUGUAGUGGAGGCAGGGAGUAGUUCCCAACGUACCCCAGGUAAGAAAUUAAAUUAUUCUGAAAUGGGAUGACUACUUCAAUGGGGGGGAAGGGUGUGGACCAAUAAACUCAUGCGCAGUAAUUGCUUUUGGAAUAUAUAGCUCCUUUUUUUUUGAGAGCGAUGUAUAGUGCAUAUACAAACUAGACUCAAAAGCUUAAUUCAUGGAAAACAGAAAUUACUUACAUUCAUGUGAGUAGCUUCAUCUAUGUUUUUCAUCAAUGAAGCGUCUUGUUGCUGCUGUACUGCUCUGUCAUUGAAAGCAUUUAUAGAACGUUUACAUGUAUAACAUGGGGUUAUGGAAUAAUUCCAUCUGUAUCAUUUCUUUACAAAUGAGAGAUAAGAGGGUGGCGAUGGGGUGUUUUUGCACUUUGUUCAUUUACAUUUUUGUGCCUGGAAUAUACAUUAAAUUGCUCAGUGGGGCGUAUUCAUUAAACUUGCAGAUGCGGAUUGGCAAGGAAAUUUUGCUGAAAAUGGUUUAGGUUGUUUACAGAUCAAUUAUCUUGGCCGAUCGUUUGCAAAUUCCUUUAUUCUCUACCAAUCCCUGCUUAGAGGAAAUAUGGAAACAUAAUGUAUAAAAAAUAUCUUUUAACUGCUAAACCGGUUUAAAAGAUGUUAACGUAGCACAGAGACGGGUUUCGAUAAACUGCUGAUUAUUGUCACCAGUUUUGAAUGACACUUCCUCCAAUCAGCAUUAUGACAUUACUGGCUUUAUAAAGUGGAUACAUUAGGCAGUGUUCAGUGUCUGUUUUCACCUCCGUCAGUUUGUUUAUUGAAGGUAAACAAAAACCAUUCUCAUUUUACAUUGGCCCUGAAAGCUGACACUCCAUGACUUGUCUGAGGACCAGGGCAGGGCCCCUAUUGCUUUAUUGGGCCUUUCUGUGGCUCCCUCGUUACAGGGAGAUUAAUUACCGGCUGUAAUAUCAGUCCCCAGCGCUGAUUGCUAUUGUUCUUGAUGAGGUGAUGUAUUCUUGGGAUUGAGCCAAGACUCUUGUGACACGAAACACUAUGGCAAUAAAUAAAUGUCAGAGUAAUUGGGAUUGGUUAUCAAUGUGUUCUACAACUCUCUAUCACGCUGAGGGCUAAUGUAUAUCUCUAUUCAUGUCAUAGCAAGGCUGCACUGUGUGUUUCGUCUCUCUUGCUCUGAGAUUUUAAUGCCUUUUUGCUUAGUGGUUGUCUCAUGCAAUAAUACCUCCCAAGUGUCCUUGUUUAGGAGGGCCAGUCCCUAUUUUGGGGUGAAAUUCUCAUUAUCUCUUCUAAUAUCCAUCUUUUCGAUGAGCUCCGUAUUUAUAUUAUACACCCAGACAUGUGUUGGUGUGUCUGAGUGUAUCACAGAGUUCCACAGAAAUAAAACCCUUAGUAAUAUGUUUUUCAACUUUGUCAACUUAUAAAAAUCUAAAUUCUAUUUCCAGUCCCAUAAAUGGUUAUCACUAAGUGGUCAAGUUACCUAAAAAGUUCUAGAAUAACCCACCCCUGGUCACACUCCUUAAAAUGUCAAUGUCCUCGUUGGGCAAUUGAAAUUAUAGGAGCUAUGUGCAGGGGGGCAGUAAUAUCUGUGCAUCUAUCGCUCUUCUCCACCACCCAUUAGUUGUUGAAGGCUGCAGGCUAUGACAUCAUAUGCUUGCGUAUUCAGCUGUGUGCAGCAAUAUUCUAAUUGCUACCAUCCUCUAGAGCAGUGCUUCUCAACCCUCUCUUCAAGGCACACCUAACAGUCCAGGAUUUAGGGAUUACCCGGGUGUGUCUAAGGUGUUUAGAAAAAGAAAAAAAACACUUUAGAGUCUAAAGUGCUUUUAGUUUUUUUUAAACACCUUAGACACACCCGGUAAUCCCUAAAUCCUGGACUGUUAGGUGUGCCUUGAGGAGAGGGUUGAGGAGCACUGCUCUAGAGAAUGGUAGCAAUUAGAAUAUUGGUUGGGUACCAGUAAGUCAGAUGCUCGACAGUGUUGCACAGAGCUUUAAAAGUCAUGUCCUGGUUACAGCGGUGCCCCCUAUAACUUUUAUCGUUAAGCUUUGAUAAACUAUUGGUAUUGUGUUCGGAAGUGAUUGCAUUUUUAUUUAUCAGCAUGUCCAAAGUCGAUUGUGGCAAUUUAUAAUACAUGUAAAUGGCUCCCUCUAGUGGGCAUAUUGCAAAUCUAUUUAUUUUAUUUUUUAAUUAUGCUAUGAGACACACAAACGGUACAAAAUGUUUACAGGAUUAAAUAUUUGGGCUUACACAAACAAACAAUACUACAGGUAUGGUUUGAUUGUAGAUACGAUAAGGAAAUGACAUUCUCAACGUAUGCUUUUAUUAGCACUAGGAGAAUAUGAAUAUGGAUUGUGUUUGUCUAUUUUAAGUGGAAAACUGCAUUUUCAGGAGAGUUAUAGGAAUUGGGGCUAGCAAACAAAAUGAGUGUGUGUUUUAUUUGGGGGUAUAUCCACUAAACAGUCAAAGAAAAUUUAACAAAACCUUUUUUAUUCUGUUGGGGCUAUGUUGUUGGAGUGCAAGGGUUGUUGUUUUUUUGCAUUGUACUUACAAAGUUUGUAACUGGGCACCCAAUGACCAACACUAAAGUGAGAAUUGAUUUGAAUUCAAAGUGAAUUUCAAAUUUCAGACCAAAAUAGCCAAACUGAAAACAGAUUUGAGUUCUUUACUCGACUAUUUUGGCCUGGAUUUGACUAAUGCCUUAGCAGUGGAUAACUCUUCCCUGUUUUGCUGAUCCCAGUACCUGAUAUUUUUUUAGACAUCUAACACGGAUACAGCCAUGCUUUUAAAAUGUUAAUGUUGCCAUCAGCUCUCCAAACACAGAAAACGAAAUACAUAUUAACAAGAGAAUACAUAAGAAAGCUUAGUAAAAUUUUAUUUUUAAACACUAUAAAAUAAAGAAGUAAUAAAAAUUGGCAGCAUGCAUCCACAUUGAUCAAUAUUGUUUCAAAGCGGAUCUGUAACUUUUUUUUACAUGGUCCAUUUUUUUUAGUGUGGUUUUUUUUUCAUGAUGUUCUUCCCAGAGUUAUACAUAAAGAAAAGUCGGGUCUACGUUUCCUUAUGUAUAACCUGUAGGAUGACAAACGUUAACAAAGGAUGGCGCUCCAGUGAAGCAAUUUUCGUAUGUACUUCGGCACUCACCAAAGGGAAAAUUCUUAGUGAAUUUCUACAAAUUAUCCCAAAGUGAGCUACAUAUUCACUUGUCCUAUUUUUCCCUAAAAAAAAAAAAAAAUUAUUUUGAAUUCCCACAAUUUACACUUUAGUGAUAUUUUCCUUUGCGAUUUAUUUUUGCCUUGAAUCAUGUCUGUGACAACUCAAUAGUGUAACUCAUUUCAAUUCUAACAUCUACACAUUCGGCUUUCAGGUUCACCCAGAAAACGAAGAAUGGACCUGUUUUGAACAAUCUGCUUCUCUUGACAUCAAAUCUUUCUUUGGUUUUGAGAGUACCGUAGAGAAAAUUGCAAUGAAGCAAUACACCGCGAACAUCAAGAGGGUCAGUACAGCUCUUUCCAGCACAUUUGCCAGCUGGAACAUAGAUUAAGUAGGAUUUUCUUUUGCAACAAUAUUACAAUUUACUAAAUCUUCCCCUUUUCUGUCAAUGUCACUUCCUUCUCUUCCGACUAGUUUCACUAAGUUAGCAGUGACCAAUACUAGCAACUAAGAAAAUAGCAUUUCAGGAAUGUUUUUUAAAAUAAAUAAAUAAAAUCCUUUAUUUUUAUAAAAAAAAAAAUUUCUUAUACAUUGAGAGUAAGAGUGCCACCUUCAGGUGAAAUUGAGAGCUGAUUUUACUUCUCAUAAUAUUUAAGCCCUUGCUAGAUUUUAAUUUAGCUGUUUUGCUAGGCUUUGCUUGAGUUGGUUUGCAAGUCUUUUCAUAUUGUACAACAAGUUUUAAGACAACGAAUUGUUAAUGUGUAACAUGUGUUGCUGUUUGUCAUUGAGGCCUGAAAGCCAUUUUUUACAUUUAUUAGAAGAGUUUAACGUUCACGUUACUUGGGUCUUCCAGGGUAAAGAAGUUAUCGAAUUUUAUCUGAAUGAGUUGAUAUCUCAGGGUACCACCCACCUCCCAAGAUGGAAUCCUGGUUCACAUGGUAGAAAUGAGCAUGCAUCGUGGACUGCGUCGGGGAUCACAGCGCAGAAUUCAAUGCCAGCUCUUGCAGAGUCCUCUGCUCAGGGUUCUACCAGAGUAGAUCUAGCAAUUCCAGGUGCAGAGACAAGUGCCUCUGAUGGUAAGUCAAAAUUGCCAUCAUCACCAAUUCCAGAAACUACCACUAAUUCCAACAUAUACAUGUCUACUGGAUGUGGUAACAUUUAAAGUUGUUUUCUUAUCCCAAUUAAUUUUCAGGUAUUGUGGUUGGUUUAUAGGCCUGAAUUUGUCUAAAAUUUCAACAGUAUAUUCAGGACAAAGUCUGAGCACACAACCUUCACAUUCCAACAAAUGGCUGGCAGAAAAUUAUUACAAUUUUAUGGUCUAAAGUUAGCUGGACAACGAAGGUUGGACACCCCUGCUCUAGAGAAUUUAUCGCUUAUUAAAAUAUUUGUGGCAGCAUGUUUACACGAGAAACAUUGGUCUUAAAGCAUAUCCAUCGCCUUCUAAUAAAGUUACUAUGCUUAGAACCAAAGUGGUACAUUCCAUGACUCCCAUGAUCUAGGGAUAGACCAGUAACUAGAAUAUGGACCACCAGCUUUUAUGGAUUACAUUUUUGGGUCAUGUUCAGCCACCUGUUUAGCUUAGCCAAUACAUUUCUGCAGUCCACAACUGUUGGAAUGGCACAUCUUAAACAUAACUUGUCUAGGCGAUGGUAAUGGUGUUGGCGGUACAGUUCUAGCUUCUGGCUAACCAAGAGUUAUGAUUGUUACUCAACAGGAGAUGAAGAACAGAUACUGGACUGAAAGACUGCUAUAUGUUUAUUUUGUGUUUUAUUGUCUUCUUCAGCUGAUAAACUAGAGGCUGAUUAUAUAGAACGUUAUUUGGGCAAACUCACUCCAAUGCAGGAGAGCUCUUUAAUCCACCUCCGACAAUGGCUGCAAGAAACAUAUAAAGGAAAGGUAAAAAGAUUUUUUAAAACACCUUUAAGUUAAAAAUGGACACCCCUUGCACUAUGGCCGAUAACUACUUAGUAAGAUUUUCUUUACGAAGUAUUAGUAUGCUUCCCAACAGUCUUGAUUUUUCGCCCUUUCCCUCCGUACCGACUUUGUUCCCUGAUGUUGCGCUUUUGGGGGCACCAGGGAACAGUCCCCAAGAAAGCUAAGUGUGAGCGCACUAUUAGACGCGCUUGCGCUACACUCGGCGCACUAGGACUCUGCAGAGAGACCGAAACAGUGUUUCCUGCAUGGUAUGUCCUUAGUGGGCUGGCCUGCUUGAUUGUAGGGAUGCCUGGCAUGCCUUUAAGGAAGGCUGACUUGCCAGUAAUUCGGGUGGACCUGACCCAUUUAGACAGAGCUAGUGGCGUAAAUACGUCACUGACCCACCCCUUUUCCCUAUCCAACCAAUGUCUCGCUUCUCAGGACGCUGAUGUUGGGAUUAUGGGUUAGGACUCCAGUGGCAACAUUUCAAAUAUCAGAAUGUUAAGAAACAAUAUGGAAACUACAGAGGCGUUGCCAAAAUAAGGGCCUAUAUAAUCUUCAUCCUUUUGAAGUCUGGGACUUGUGAGGAACUGUCAGGAUUAUUCAUUCAGUAUAGUCUGGAUUAGCAAACUUUGGUUAAAAUGAUCAAACUAAAUUUAUUUGCAAUUUUUAUAAUUACUUAAGGUAAAUCCGGUUGAAAUUCAUAAUCAACUGGUGUCUGCUUUAAGAUAAGUAAUUGUCACAUGGAUUCUAAAGAAAAUGUAGGAUUCACAUUUAUCAAAUAACAUUUUUUUAUCUGAAUUUACUUGGAAGAAUUCCAGUAGCAGCUAAUUUCACCAAAUAAAUUCACUGGAUUUUUGCAGAUGGAUCUACAUGCAUGCGCUAUAUUUGCCCACUGACAGCGCAGACAAAGGGUUAAAAUAAAAUAAAAAAUAUAUAAAUUUAAGAAAAUAAUAUACAAAGAGUGGAUAGUUGCCAAUUCUGCUGAAUGUGGAGCAUUCAGGUUCGUAUUCUGAUCGUUCAGUUCUGCAUUUCAUCUGCUUUGAUUGAUUGCAUCUAGACAGAGGGAAAUCCAGACUACAUUCAUGUUAAUUCAUAGUCAGUAUUGCAAAAUCGAGACAUCGAUGCUGUCCUCUUGUUAUGUGUUAAACUGGUUUCAGCUGUGACACAGCCACUUGCUGUCCGUAUCGCUAGCGGUAUCCAUUCAUAACACUGAUAUUGCUAAUGCGAGAGUCAAACUAAUGAGUUGACAUUAUGAGUAGGAAGUGCCUUAGCCGCAGCCACUUGGAGGACCUUCAAUUUGAGUUAAAUCUUUCAAAACCGGUUUGACACACACCCAGAUUACAUCCCUAGGGGGCAUUAGGCUCUAGUGGCUGUGCUGUUCAGAGUGUCUCUUUAAGUUUCCAUGAGUGAGCACACACGAGUAGUGUUUGUCAUGUUUCAAGCAAUGAACAUUAUUGGUUGCACAGUACCAGCUCUCUCCUUAGUGUUCUAUUUUCAUACAUUAAACAACUUACACUAAUUAAGAAGGUCUUUGUGUCAAAUCACAAUGGUCUCAUGAAUUUCUGCUGGUUAUAGGUUUCAGAUGGAAACUAGAACUAGCGGCAUUAGUUAGCCAUCUAAAUCCACGAAUGAAGACCCCCCCUUUUUUUUAUUCUCACCCUGUACUGAUGCAGAUCCCCAAAGAUGACCACAUCCUGCGCUUCCUCAGGGCUCGGGACUUCAACAUGGAAAAGACUCGGGAGAUGCUCUGCCAGUCCCUAUCCUGGCGCAAGCAGUACCAGGUGGACUACAUCCUCCAGGCAUGGCGGCCGCCUCCCAUCUUAGAAGAAUACUAUGCUGGGGGCUGGCAUUACCAUGACAAAGGUCAGUACCCCAUUUCUCUUACUAACAAUGACAACUGA